AUGGAGAACAGCCGCGCUGCCAGUCAUGAAAAUAGAGCGGCAAAUGAUUUGCCACUUGAUGAAGCGACAGACCUGGAUAACUCUUGUGGGUGUUGUUCUUUAGCAUCUUGUAACGGUCCGUUUUGCAAGCUUCGCAAGCCCUUCACCGGAGAAUCUAAUAAUGAGGAUGUGGAUCCCGAGGCGCCGGCGAGAUGUCGCACGGUGUCGUUCGACGCGUCGCAAGAAACGCAUUACGUCAUCGUCGUCCACGGCACGUUCGACGCGCCGCCGGACGACGGAUCGCGCACGUGGUACCAGCCCGCGGCGCCCGGCGAAAUCAACUUCUGCAGCAAGAUCGACGCGCGCCUCGCGGAGGGGCCGCUCGGCGGCGGAUGCGUGUGGCGCGACCUGCCGGCGGAGCCGCCGGCGCGACUCCGCAUUCCGUAUCCGUUUCACUGGGAUGGCACGAACACGCAUGAAGGGCGUAUCGACGCCGCGCACAAGGUU